AUGAACGAGUUUGACCGCUGGUUCAAGCUCUAUUUUGAAGUGUCGUGUUGGGUCUAUGCAACCGCCCCUUGGAUAGUCGCUCCUAUUACGCUUUUUAUAAACGCACCAUUCGGGCGGUUUUCCCCCGCAGACUCCAAAUGGAUGGUUGAUGGCAACACCUCGUGGAUGCUUAUGGAAAUUGUGGCGCCUGUAUUCUUCAUCGCAACCUACCUAUACGCGCCCUUUUCACCCACACAUAAUCCACCAUCGCUCAAUCACCCUUCGACACUCCUCGCUGCACUAUUCGUGAUACACUACGUCAAUCGCGCCAUCAUAUCACCCCUACGUUCCCCCGGUCGAUCCAAGUCACACAUCAUCAUCGUGAUUGCUGGCAUUGGCUUUAACAUCAUCAAUGCACCCUCAUCGCCGCAUUCCUUCCAAAAGCUCCAACAAAAGCUUGCCGCCAAAGUCGCCGAGUCACAGACUCUUCAAAUGGCGUUUGCUGACCGAAAAUUCCAAGUCGGUAUCGCGCUCUUUGUCCUCGGCUUCGUGUCAAAUAUCCUGCACGACGAGAUUCUGUAUAACAUUCGACGGAACGCACCUACUACACCAGAUGGAAAGCAUCGCUACUCUAUUCCUCAGGGUUACCUCUACAACUACAUUUCGUAUCCAAACUAUUUCAGUGAAUGGGUCGAGUUUGCUGGUUUUGCGCUCGCUGCUUCACCCAGGUGGGAAUAUACUCCUCCCUGGAUGUUUUUGGUGGCGGAAAUGCUGGUGAUGGCGCCACGAGCCCACCGAGGACAUCAAUGGUAUCACACCAAGUUUCCGGAUUAUCCAACGGAGAGAAGGGCCGUCAUCCCUUUCGUCUUCUAG